AUGUCUUUGGGAGUCUGUGCUCUGCUCAUCAUCCUGUGCAAUGUUUGGUGCUUGAUCCGUGGGACUUCUGUGAUGAUCCCAGAUGUUGCUGUGAGGUGUGCUGAGGAAGUGGUGCUGCCCUGUAAGGCGCUUCAGGACUCCUCAAUCUCCUACCAGACAGCGUCUUGGUAUAAAAUGGCUGGAGACCGUGAAGGUAUAGCAUGGGAAGUCCUUGAUGUGGAAUCUCACUAUCCACGAGAAUCUGGGGGGUCCUUGGAGCUCUCCAAUGACACCUCCUUUUCACUGAGGAUCACAAACGCUACCAGCUGGAACAGUGGGACGUACAAGUGCACUUUGCGGGGGCAGAAUGGAGAAGGCAACCUGACCAGCACAGUCACAUUAAAAGUAACAGGUUGCCCUGGAAUAGGAGAGGACAAACUAAAGAAAUACAAAGGCGAGCUCUUCAUGCUGACUUGCCUUGGGAUUUUUUACUUGCUGCUCAUCUUCUUUACUUGUACAUGUCUAAGAAAAGAGAGUAUGUCUCCCAGUUAUCAAAAACCCAGACCAGAUAUGAAGCACAUGCUCACCCUCAUCAACGUACACGAAAUAACAACUUUCCAGCAUUUAAAGAGUGACAGCAGUUGCAAAAAUGAGCUUCCUUCAAGUUCUGUUUAA